AUGUCGAAUUCCAAAAACCAACGAGAGGUUCCCCACUCUUCUUUGAUCCGUCUUAGGACGGAGUGGCAGCCUCGACCCGAGCGGAAGUGCGAUGUGUCUGGAAACUCGGGAUCAACUCCUGUGAGCGGUCUAAACUUCGAUUCUUAUUUCUUUCUUCAUAUUUACAAGGGGAGCAAAGCCCGUUUUUUGCUCCCUCUAUUGAUAGAUCAAGGGCCUCCUGCCGUCGUUUCAGUGACUCAUAGGGGUUCCCUCAGCUCAGUCUUUUUGGUUCUUGAGAAUGGUCGCCACCUCCCAGGACCGGAAUGA